GCAUCUUUCUAGAGGAGGCGUUGGUUUCAUUUGAUGCCGGUUGUACUAAUGGUAGUGUAUCGGUGUUCUGUGGUAGUAAGCUUUUGACAGCGCUUGAGGCUCAGCCGUCUACUGCAUGUGGGACGUCCUGCCACAUCAGAACCAUCAGAUAUGCAUCUGCUUUUUCAGCGCCUUGUGCCUCUGUGAACCUUUGUGUCAACUAGAGAGCGAAACACCGCCCCAGAAGGUGUGCCAUCGCAAUGAGCCAGCCGCGCUACGUGUGUGAACUGUGCAAUUACAGCUGCGACAGCGUUGAAUCCGAACGAAACCAUUUGAAAACUGUGAGACAUUUCGUCGAAUUUCUGAAGUACCACCUCUGGCAGCACGAGGACUUUCUUACGAGAGACAAAAGAAAUGUCACAGUAUCAUGCCAAGAAAUUCCAGACUGUAUACCAGCAAUUGCCUUUCAACUGUUGCCAAACCAGCUGUUAAAGCUGACAUUGCUUGUAAGUGUGGAUGCAGACUCUCCGUCCAGGGUGUUCUUGCAGGCUUGCAUAUUUCUUCACCCGUCCCAAAUGUUUGUUCUGGAAGAUGAGGCAGGUGUGUGUGAUGGACGUGCUCAGGUCCCCAUUGAACCUGGAACAUCGUACACCAUAAUCCUGAGCUGCCUGGCACAGCAGCAAGGGACGGUUCGGAUACCAUUGGCAUUCAAAUUCCAGGAGGACACUGAGAGUGAAAGGCUCUUCACCAUAAUCAGAUUCAUUGAUGCCACUGUCUGGGAGGAUGGAGGAGACAGCCUGGAGCCAGUGGAGCCUUACACAUUUGUUUUACCGUUGCCCCAGUUGCCGAACGCUGAUCGCAUCAUUCCUGCGAAACGUCCCAAAAGCAGCAACGUCAUUCAGGAUCUGGAGCGAAAAAAGCCACUUAGUCAAUAUUGUGUCGAUGACCAGCUUGUGGAGUUCCAGAAGCAUGAACUCCGAGAGUGGGAGGGCAUGGACGAAGACAUGCGUGAUCUCCUCAUCUAUAUCAAAAAACAUUUAGAUGAUCCACUUUCUGAAUGCACGUAUUGGGGCCGCUUCUCUACUCUGUUAUACUUUGAAGAGAUCCAGAUGCAAAUUGACAUCCGAAAGUAUGACAUGCUUGGUGCCCCACUUAAUCCUUGUCCCACACAGACUGAUUUGUAUGUCUUGGAGGUUCCUGGCCUAGUAGAAGGCCGUCCAUCUGUGCUAAAAGGGGACAGUAUCUUCGUGCGUCUUUCAAGUGCCAAGUGUGAACCAUCUAGUCAUGAACAGGAAGUGUUGGAGUAUGAAGGCUUUGUCUGCGAGGCAAGAAGAGGCUCGCUUCUGAUAAGUUUUUGUGGACGAUUUAAAAAGUUGUACAUAAAAGGAAUGAAGUUUGAUGUGCGGUUCACUUUCAACCGGCUUGCUUUGCGACUGAUGCACCGGGCUCUGGGGCUGCUUGAGAAUGCCAGCUUAUGGAGUUUUGUUCUUCCAAAGUGUGCCCCGUCGUCAGAGCCAAGCCUGAACAUUCGCCGACUUCAGCUCUUCAACAAGAAGAUAGAAUCCAACCCAGAACAGUAUACAGCUGUGAAGAACAUUCUUCUCGGCUUGCAUCGGCCUUAUCCAUACCUCUUGUUUGGCCCUCCAGGCACAGGAAAAACUAUGACUCUUGUAGAAGCACUAAAGCAGGUGUGCAUCCUGAUUCCAUCAAGUCAUAUCCUUGUUGUGGCUUCUUCCAACAGUGCGUGUGAUGUUCUUGCUGAGCGGCUCAUAGAGCACAUGUCAUCCAUGGAAAUCUUCCGCAUGUAUUCAGCGUCUGUGCACCCAAGCAAUAUUUCUAAAAAGUUGAAGAAAGUCUCAAACUACAACUAUGAUGAAAAGAAGUUCUUCUAUCCUUGCUCUGAAGCACUGAUGAGGUACAAAGUUAUUGUGGCAACAUCCGCAUGUGCUGGCAGGCUGGUGACAGCUGACUUUGCAUUGAACCACUUCACGCACAUCUUCGUGGAUGAGGCAGGACAGUCUUUGGAGCCUGAAUGCCUCAUUCCCGUCAUGGGGCUCAUGUCACCCUGGAACCCCAAAAAGUUUGGUCCAGGUGGCCAUUUCAUUCUAGCUGGAGAUCCCCAACAGCUGGGACCCGUCAUUCGGAGCCGGCUGGCAAAACAAUUUAACCUUGAUGUUUCUCUUCUGGAGCGUCUUAUGGACACUGGGCCGUAUCAACGCAUGCAGAAUGGUUACUACAAUCCACAGAUGCUAACCAAGCUGCUUAAAAACUUCAGAAGCCAUGGUGAUAUCAUCCAAGUCCCAAACAAGUUGUUUUAUGAGGGGGAACUGCAGGUGUGUGGGGAUGAGCUUAUCACGCACAGCAUGGACAACUGGCAAAAGCUGCCUCGUAGAGGCUGUCCACUUAUCUUCCACAGCGUGUUGGGUCGAGAUCUGAGGGAAUCCACAUGCCCAUCAUACUUCAAUCCUGAGGAAAUUAAGGUGGUUGUUGACUAUGUGGUCUCUCUGCUGGAAGGAAAAAGUGGCCUUGGUGUUCAGAUAAAAGGAAAAGACAUUGGUGUUGUGUCACCCUACCGAAAGCAGGUCUUAAAAAUCAGAUCUGUGUUGGAGAAACGUGGAAUUGAGGGAGUAACUGUUGGCUCUACUGAAGAAUUCCAAGGCCAAGAAAGGCUAGCCAUGAUCAUCACGACAGUUCGUAGUGACAAAAAUCUCUUGCAGAAUGAUUUCAGGCACCGCAUUGGUUUUCUCAAGAACCGCAAGAGGUUCAACGUAGCUGUCACAAGGGCAAAAGCUCUGCUGAUCAUUGUUGGCAACCCAUACACACUAAGAACCGAUCACUGCUGGAGAAAACUCCUCGAACUGUGUCACAGGAAAGGUGCAAUGCGUGGUGCGGAGUACGAUGAUAGUUCGGAUCACAUGCGUGAGCUUGAGAAUCGCUUUGCGAAAGCUGGAAUUGGAGAGUGUCUCUCUGUAGAAGACCAACUUGUCUUUGAAGGAAAAAUUCCAAUAACCCAGUUGACUUUGCAAGAAGAGCCACAGUGGAGGGAGGAGCUUUAAUGAGACUUUUUAGCAAGGAUUAUUAGCCUUGUGAGAUGGCAAGUUGGGCCAGUUGGAUUACAUUGUCAGCCUCGUCUGUCCGUGUCUUUUCGAUGCACUUCAACCAAAUUUUCACACAUACAACUUUUUGUCCUGUUUACCUUUUUAUUUGUAGCACUUAAAAAAAAUACUUUACGGUAUCUAAAAAAGAAAAACGAGCAUACCUAAGGGGAAUAGCAAGGCGGUGUUGUAAUAAAAAUUGACAGUGAG